CUUUGCGCUGUCGCACGCAUGCUGCUGCCCUCGAUGGUGAUGUCAGCGAGCCUCGUGAGGGAACCGCCGAAUCUGCGCACAGGGAUUGAUGUGACUAGUUGGCGCACACGUGUCGACAGUCAUUCCGCCUCUCCAAAUGCGCCACCACCUCAAAACUGGAGGCUUGAGCAAUUACCGAGAGCCAUGCCGUCAUCGACAACGACUGCAGAGCAAGCUAUAAAGGAACCACUUCCAUCGUCCGCGCUCUGUGGGCUCGGUGGCUGUGCCACAACACGCACCAGUAACCCACUUCUAUUCAUCAUGCAGGUUUUCCUUUGCGCUGUCGCACGCAUGCUGCUGCCCUCGAUGGUGAUGUCAGCGAGCCUCGUGAGGGAACCGCCGAAUCUGCGCACAGGGAUUGAUGUGACUAGUUGGCGCACACGUGUCGACAGUCAUUCCGCCUCUCCAAAUGCGCCACCACCUCAAAACUGGAGGCUUGAGCAAUUACCGAGAGCCAUGCCGUCAUCGACAACGACUGCAGAGCAAGCUAUAAAGGAACCACUUCCAUCGUCCGCGCUCUGUGGGCUCGGUGGCUGUGCCACAACACGCACCAGUAACCCACUUCUAUUCAUCAUGCAGGUUUGUGAACCAGACUACUUGUAUACUAAGAGAACUAGCAAUUACUUUUUGGUGCAGCUUCCGAGCCUGCAGUGCUGCUUUGAUAUUGUUUGUGAGUGUCUCAGUGUAUUUAGAUCUAUUUUGUUACAGUCAGGGGAUAUUGAAAUGAACCCUGGUCCUGGUACUGAUGCUGUGCUUGCCGAACUGAAAAAACUGUCCGCUGGCCAAACCACAAUAAUUGCCGACAUGCAGGGCCUUAAAAGCCAAUGUACGGCUACAAGUGCUGCACUCGUUGACUUAAGCAAGAGGUUAGCGGAUCUAGAGGGCCAUUAUCAGAAACUACUACCAUUGCAAAUCGAGAUACAGACCAUAAGGACAGAUACUGAGCAAACAGCAAAGCUUGUUCACACUCUGAAUGCCCGCGUUGACGAUGCAGAGAAUCGCUCAAGGCGAAACAAUCUUGUGUUUUAUGGCCUCCCUGAUACAGUAGCAUCAGAAACGUCGGUCGCGUCUGAAGAAAAAAUUUUACGUCUAUGCUCAGACCACCUGAACGUGCCACUUGAACCUCAAGACAUAGAGCGAGCGCAUCGUGUUGGUCGCCAUUCUGCUAAUCACCCGCGCCCACUAAUUGUUAGGUUUAAUCAUUACAAGAAAAAAGAAAUGGUGCUCUCAAAUGGGCGCAAACUUAAGGGCACUCAUCUCAGCAUGGGUGAGGAUUUUUCCCCGGCAGUUAGGGACGCCCGCAGGAAACUUGUUUCGUUUGCGAAAGCAAAAUCUGUGCCAUUUUCUUUGCGCUUUAAAACUCUUUUCAUUGGUUCUAAGCGCUACGUAUACGAUGACACAUCGCAAACAGUGAAAGAAAUAUAGCAGUCAUCGCAUCAUCAAAAAACAAGCCAUCCCCCUCGAACGAAAAGUAUAGCGCAUGUUUCCCUUUCAAUAAUUUAUACUAACAUACGAAGCUUCAUUCCAAAACGAGAACACGUGUCUAACCUCGUGCUGUCGUCCAACAGCAACAUUCUUGUACUCACGGAAACGUGGCUUUGUAGCGAAAUCUAUGACUCGGAAGUGUUGGCUGAUUUGCCAAACUUCAGCGUCUUUCGAAAAGAUCGUGCUGGGACUAGAGGAGGAGGUGUGCUUAUUGCCGUUAGUCAACAGUUAUCGUGCUCUGCCAUUAACAUCACAUCAAAACUAGAAAUACUGUUUGUUCUAUGCCACGCCGCCCCACAGUCCAUAAUUUUAGGUGUAUGUUACAGGCCCCCUCGCAAUAGCGCCGACUUCGCUCGUAAUCUAAACAAUGCACUAAAUGUGGUUUGCUCUCGCUACCCUAAUGCCGACCUGCUUCUUUUUGGAGACUUUAACUUACCAGACAUUGAUUGGCACAACGCAGCACCCUCUCUGGUAAGCCAAACCGAAUCGAGAGAUUUUCUCGACGUUUGCCUCAACUUCAAUCUGACACAACUCAUAUUAGAGCCAACGCGCGUCACCCAAGACACUGCAAACAUAUUAGAUUUACUACUGGUCAACCGUCCAGACAGCUUGUCGUCCAUCACCUAUCUUAGAGAAAUUAGUGACCACAAGGUCAUCCAUGCUUCUUUUCGCUUUGCCCCAGCUCUGCGGGAGAAGCGGGAGAAAACUAUACACUUAUACGACAAAGGAAAUUAUCAUGCAAUAUGUGAACAUUUACAGAAUUUUCUACCUUCCUUCCAAGAUACGUGUCAUAACUGCAGCAUUCAUGAAACUUGGCUGAUAUUCAAACAAAAAAUAAACAACUUAGCGAACCAGUUUAUACCCAAAAUCACCUUUCGAACACAUGAACAAAAACCAUGGUUUAACAAUUCGUUAAAAAGACUAGAAAACAAAAAGAAGCGCAUGUAUCGUGCCGCAAAGUGCAGGAUGAACACGUGUGCAUGGGAAAAAUACUACACUGCUGAACGCGCAUACCUAUCAGCGAUUCGCAGGGCGAAAGAUGCAUUCUUUGGUGAUGACCUUCGGAAACUUUUGAUCAAUAACACGAAAAAAUUCUGGCAGGUGAUAAACCCUCAAGAAAGGCACGGUGUAACACUUACCAAUGAGGGUGGUGAAACGGUCGACGAUGUGGAGUGCGCGAACCUUUUUAAUGCAGCUUUUGUCUCGGUAUUUACAGAAGAGCCUACCACGUCCCCUUUUUCUUCGCGUACUAACGAAACAAGCGUUAUGCCAACCAUUACAUUUUCCCCCGAUGGUAUCUCAUCAUUAAUUGACAACGUUAAACUCACAUCGUCAGCCGGCGUGGAUAACAUUAAUUCGAAACUGUUAAAGAAUACUAAACACGUCACCGCGGUGUUUCUUUGUAUGCUAUUCUCGCAGUCACUUUCAACUGGUGAAGUACCACAUGACUGGAAGGUGGGGAAGGUUGUUCCCAUCCACAAAUCAGGUGACAGGAAUUGCCCGCUUAAUUAUCGCCCCAUUUCAUUAACGAGUGUGCCCUGUAAGCUCAUGGAACACGUCAUGUACACAGAAAUCAUGAAAUUUCUCGACUCGAACAAAUACUUUCAUUCUUCACAGCAUGGGUUCCGCAAAGGCUUUUCCUGCGAAACACAACUGGCCAUUUUCCUGCAUGAUAUUCACACUAACUUAGAUUCUAACCUCCAAACAGACGCGAUAUUUGUAGAUUUUGCAAAAGCGUUUGACAAGGUACCGCACCAACGUCUGCUACUAAAACUUUCUCUUGCGAACCUUCACCCUGACAUUUUGCGAUGGAUUGAAGCGUUCCUAACAAACAGAUCUCAGUUCGUUACAGUUAACAACCGCGCAUCUAACCAACUACCAGUGACUUCCGGUGUACCGCAAGGAUCAGUUCUUGGACCCCUACUCUUCUUAAUAUACAUUAAUGACCUACCCCUGCACGUGUCUUGCAACGUUCGUUUGUUCGCAGACGACUGCGUCAUUUAUCGAACAAUUACUAGCACAUCUAAUCAAGACUUACUUAAGGAGGACAUUAACUGUUUACAGCAAUGGUGCGACCGGUGGUUGAUGGAACUUAAUCCUAAGAAAUGUAACUUGAUGGUAUUUUCUCGUCGGCGCGACCCAUUUCCUUACCACUACACAAUUAAUAACAUUCCCGUGUGUGCUGCACAGUCUUACAAGUACCUAGGUGUUACUAUAUCUAACGACUUAUCCUGGCGAACACACGUCAGUAACAUCAUUUCAUCUGCUAACAAAUCGCUGGGUUUUCUCAAGCGUCAUCUAAAACGCGCCCCAAAACCUGUUAAACUACUGGCCUACCAGUCAAUAGUCCGACCGAAAUUGGAAUAUGCAUCCGCCAUAUGGAAUCCGCACCAAACAUAUCUCAUUAACGCACUCGAAGCCGUUCAAAACCGUGCCACAAGGUUCAUCCAUUCUAAUUAUUCAUAUGACGUGAGCAUAUCUUACUUAAAGAAAGAAUUGAAUUUACUUCCCCUUUGUACGCGCCGGCGCACUGGAACCCUUUCACUUUUCCAUAAGUUUUAUCACAGCUCGCUUAAUCAACCACCCUAUAUCCUUCCCGCAGCCCGAACAUCUCAUCGCACAUGCCACACUUUUCAAGUGGGCCGCCCUCGCAUGCGCACUGUUACCUUUUCCGCCUCAUUCUUUUGCCAGGCCGCUACAGAUUGGAACAAUCUGCCCCACCAAAUCUCCACCAUCAUUUGCCCUUCUACGUUCGUGGAGAGUGUCACUGCGCACUUUUCACAAUAGAAAUCACUUGUGUUAAUAGACUUAUAUGCUCGUGCAACUUUAGUUUGUAUUACUUAGUUCUAUGUAUUUGCGCUGACGUAUGUAACCCUUUAGCACAUGCAGUUUUUUGUUGUUGUUUGCGUGUUCACUUAUGUAUUAUGCAAAUUAUGUACUAAUGUAUUCCCACCCCUUAUGUAAUACCCCUAUCCAGGGGUCUUUAAGGUAAUAAAAUGAAAUGAAAUGAAAUGAAAAUACUUUUCAGUCUAUCAAUGACCGUUCCCGACUUUGUGGAAGGAAGAAUGGCUACCUCAGGGUGACGUGAAAGAUAAUCCACGGCGACAAGAUAUGCCUGGCCGUUGAUUACGCACAGAUCUACUCCCACUCUCUCCCAAGGAAACGAUGGUGUUGCGGUUGCUAUCAUGGGCUCGGCUAGUUGCUGGGCAUGUCGUGCGCGAAUAGUGCACUGAUUCACGAACUGUGGCAGGUGGGUGCUCAAUCCUGGCCACCAGACAGAACCUUUAGCAAUAUUACGACAACGCACGAUAUCCUGGUGCCCAUCAUGUAGUCUACACAGCACUUCCGUUCUUAGAGACUGUGGGAUUACAAGCCUUGUUCCUUUCAACAAGAGACCAUCAAUUAUGCUAAGGCAUGCUCUAUCUUGCCAGUAAGGCAUGAGGAAAGAAGGAACAUUCGAUUUCCUUGGCCACUCGGUUUUGCACAGUCUGCGCAGGUGUUUGCAAACGGGAUCAUUAAUUUGACAUUCUCUCACUCUGGAUAAAAAGUUGUCCCCCGUUUCCAAGCCAAGCAAACACGCCUUAGAGUACGCUGUGAUAUCCGACUCACUCAAGCCUUUUUCAGAAUCGCUGCCUGCUACAGGCGAUCGCGAGAGGGUGUCGGCUGUGCCUAGCGAUUUGCCGGGAACGUACUGGACCGUGAAAAGAUAGCGCAUAAGGCGUAGCCGGAAGCGUUGAAUACGAGGGGGCAUAUCAUCAAUGGCCAUCUGGCCCGAUAAAGGCACUAAAGGCUUGUGAUCAGUUUCAAAGGUAACGUUUUCGCCACGGAUGUACUCGUCAAAUCUUUCGGCUGCCCACGUCAGCGCUAGCGCUUCUUUUUCUAUCUGGGAGUAUCGCCGUUCUGUGUUCGUGAGAGAACGAGACGCGAAAGCUAUUGGUCUACGGUGACCGUUUUUCUGUGUUUGAAAAAGAACAGCUCCCAGUCCGAAAGAGGAUGCGUCUGCUGAAAGGAUGGUAGGAAGCGUUGCAUCGUACAUGGCCAUACACUGCGCAGAACAAAUGAGCUCUUUUAGCUCGUUCAGCGCUUUUGCUUGGUCACAGCCCCAGACCCAUUCGCUGUCUUUGUGCAAAAGAGCACGCAUCGGAGCGGUAGUUUGCGCCAGGUUAGGCAAAAAGCGACCUAGGUGAUUGGCCAUGCCGAGCAAGCUUCUCAGUUCGGUGACAUUUUUCGGUGCGUUUAGAUUCUUAAUAGCGCUGACCUUCACUGGAUCAGGCUGAAUUCCGUUGUCAUUCAGAAUAUGGCCCAAAAAUCUCAGUUUAUUAACGCCAAACAGGCACUUAUCUUUGUUCAGAGUCACGUUUGCGCUAGCUAGGCGUGACAGAACAUCAGCUAAACGUUCGUCAUGCUGGGCUUUCGUAUUACCAAACACUAAAAUGUCAUCCAUGACGUUGACAACACCUGACAGGCCACAUAGUAUUUCUGACAUCCUUUUCUGGAAAUACUCCGGAGCGGACGUAAUUCCGAACGGUAGUCUGGUAAAACAGUACCUUCCGAAUGGAGUCAAGAACGUAGUUAGUUCUUCAGAGUCCCUACUUAGUCGGACUUGAUGGAACCCCGAGAAGGCGUCAAGCUUCGAAAACCAUUUCCCACCCGCCAGAGAGCCUAAUGCUUGAUCGACCGUAGGUAGCGUGAAGCGUUCACGAACGACGCACUUAUUUAACUUUGUGAGGUCGACGCAUACUCUCAGUUCCCCCGACUGUUUCGUUACCAGGACUAUUCCUGCGCACCAAUCCAUGGGGCCGUCUACCUUUCUUAUUAUUCCCAUGCGCACGAGUCUCUCUAUUUCGUGCUUUAGCCUUUCCAUAAGCGGAAUCGGCACUCGCCGCGGAGCGGUUGUGGCAUGUGGAAUUGCGCCCGGUUGUAGCCUGAUUGUGUAUUCUCCUGGGAUAGUGCCUAGACUACGACUCAUGCGCGGAAAAAGUGUCUCAUACCGUUGCUUGUCUGCAGUAAGCGAGUCGGCAAAUUUAACGAUACCUAAAGCCUCUAAGGCUGGCAGCCCGAGAAGUACGUCGCGAAGAGGGCUAACGACAUAGCACGUUUGUCGGACAGUCCUCUGUUGCCACGCAAUCUCUGCGACAAAUUUGCCUAGAACAUUGAGCUUGUUCCCGCCAGCCCCCUGUAGUACCUCAUCUGCGUUAUCCAGGUGGGUGGGCAAUCCUGGAAAUGUAGAAGGUAGAACCGACACUUCUGCACCCGAAUCAACUUUAGCAAGGAUAGGCACAGAGUUUAUCAGAACCUGCACAUAGCGCGCUUUCCCGGCCGCGUCAAUCGCGCCAAUGAAAGUUUCCCCGGUACCACGUUCGACAGCCCAGACGCGUACCUUUCUUUGCGCUGACCCAACUUUCUUAAGGCAGGCUUUCGCAAAAUGUCCUUUGUUACCACAGUACCACCAUCCCUCUUUGUGCUGCGGGCGUUUCUGGUGGCCUACGGCGUCCACGAUGGCGCCUUGGUCCUGAAGUUCUGGCGGGCUCCCGAUGUGGACACCCUCCGGUCGAAGGGUCUGCUGCUGCUGACGCACGGUUUCCUUGAGGCGAGCCUUGGCUAGCGCCGUAGCCAAUGUCAGCUGCGGAUCCAUCUGCAAGGCCUCGGAUAGUUGCACGUCCCGGAGCCCGACGACAAACCUGUCCCGGAUGAGUCUCUUCUUCAUAUCCCCAAAGUCUCAGCGGUCUGCCAGCACGUGAAGUGCGGUUGCGAACUGAUCCACCGACUCUUCUGGCCGUUGCUGGCGUCUGUGAAAGCAGGCACUUUCAUAAACAAUGUUCCGCUCUUUGACGAAAUGACUGUCGAACUUCUGCUUCACGACAUCAUAACUUUUUGCUUCAUCGUCGGUCAGCUCAAAUGUAGCAAAGACUUCGCGGGCUUGGCGUCCCAUUGUGUAAAGUAACGUGCGUACCUGGGCCUCUCCCGAACGUUCGUUGAGAGCUGUGGCGAAGCGGUAGUCAUCGAAGUGGUCGAUCCACGCCGGCCACUCUGACGUUUUGUCAAAGUCCAGCGGUGGUGGCUGUUGGAGCCCGGGGAUUACCGUUGCGGGCUUGUUUGCCAUUUUCUGGAAAUGCUGCCGUCCACGGCCUCAGCGAGAUAGUUGACCACCGCCCACUUCUGGCACCAUGUCGUGACACGGCAUACGAGCGUGACGCGUAUGCGUGUCGGAAGGAACAGUCGACGAGCCGCGCUCCGGGUGACGAAAGGGAAAGUCCCCCGUUUAUUGUGCUGGCCGAUAAUAUACAUUCUGGGGACGUCACGUGUCACAAGUAGCUUGGCAAUCACAGUGGUCGUCCAGCUAUCUGUCGUGACGUUGCACGCCGCACACAGGCGGGCGAUAACAGCACAGAAUUGUCACAUGGGUGGGGAACAGUGCAUCUAGUGACAGAGCAGCGGAGCUUCACAGGUUUAAGCUCCGCCACAUCACACGGUUGGAGCUC